AUGGAACAACCAUAAUUACUGCUUUCAACUAAAAAUAACUUUUUGGAUUUGCAAGCACAAGUUAAUUAAUAAAUCAAGAAUCAUUGUCAACAAUUGAAAUUGAUUGAUUAGAGUAAUGAAAAAGUCAUAGAAAAACUCUUAAAACAAUAAGAAAAACUUUAAAUGCUGGUGAGUAAAUUGGAUUACUAUCAGAUAUAACCCUAAGUCAGUUACUUGGAUCUAAUUCUGAAACACCAGUACAAAUACGAAUUGAAAUUAUCUGAAGAUUUAGAAUUGCCAUGCUACAGAAAUCGAAUAUUCUCAAUACGGUUCAAUCUCAUGUAUCAAGGCUAAAUAUGCAUUAAUUAAAACAAAAUCAUCGUAGAGUUGGAGAUGUAUGAUAAUAUAAUAAAUUCUAAGUUGGACUUACGAUGAAUUACCAAAAAAGGUAUCGCACAAUAAUCAAGGGGAAUCAAUUUAUAAAGGCUGUUAAUAAGCAUUUAUUAAAGAAGGAUAAGGAAGACUCAACAAAAUUCAGAUUAAAGAAGUGUCCUCACAUUUUCCCAGGGGGUAAUUCGUGUUGAUAAUUGUACCAGUAAAUGAUCAUGGAGUAAUAGGGAAUUAAAAGUAAAUCUUUAAUGUUAAUUAAAAUAGAUUAGGUGAGAUCAAAAAAGAAUGGAUCAAGCCAUUAGUCUUAAAUGAAUUUGUCGUUAAGGCAAAAAGAUUUUCCAAUCGACAUGUUCCUUAUUAUAUUCGCAAGGAUGGAACUGUUAGCAUGAAACCAAUGUGA